GUUAAGCAAUAAAGUGUUAAGACAUGAGAAAAACACGUAUUUAUUGAGUGAAUGUAUGACUGAUUUAAUUGUAAUCAACAGUGAAUUGGGUUUGAAUUGAUUGUACACUCAAUGCGAUUGUGAUUACAAGACUUGACACACAUUUGGAAGAGAGGAUGUCUUCGGAGAGACUGUUAAUCAAAUUAAACAAAUGUCUUGAAAGCGAAGACUAUUACGAAUCGCACCAAAUCUAUAGGACUUUGUAUUUCCGACUCCUGAGAGACAAAAGACAUUUACAAUUAUCUCAACUCCUAUUCGACGGAGCGAUCCGUUUGUUGACAUCCAGACAACACAAUUCGGGCGCCGAUUUGGCCACUCUUUACGUUCAACUUCUGGUAGAAACCAAUAACAAGACAACUGCUGGCGAACCGAUCGUCGCUUGCGAUCAACUCUUGAUUAAUAUCAGAAGUCUUUUUGAGUUAAUUCCGGCCAAAAGUCCCGAAAGAGUGACAUUCGUUGGAAAUGCCGUGAAAUUGGAUUUCCUGUCUAUGGCUGCCAUUAGGCGUCAGUUUGCGGUCGUCUUAUGGCGUGAGAAGAACUUCUUGGAAUCGCGACAGCAUUUUGUCCACUCAUCCGAUUCGGGCGUUGACUGCGCUCUCAUGUUAGUCGAGUAUCAGACAACUCUUGGCUAUCCGUCAGAAGUGGAUCUAUUUAUCGGACAAUUUGUUCUUCAAGUGCUUUGUGUUCGCAACAAAACGAUGGCCGACCAGACCUUUCACGCCUACACUUCCAGACAUCCAUCCAUUAAUAGCCCAAAUCCUCCCUUUUUGUUGCCGUUAUUAAACUUUUUGUCAUUUCUAUUGCUGGCUAUUGAGAGUGGGAAAAUGCAAACUUUUAAAUUGUUGAUUGAUUUAUACGGAACGACACUACGGCGGGACCCGUCGUAUACGGACUACUUGUCCCAAAUCGGUCACAUCUACUUCGGCAUCGAGAAGGCGUCGAGAGGCGGCGGUCCGCAGGGAUUCUUCGGUAAUUUUAUACAAUCCCUGUUCACUGAAGACAGUGAAGACGAACAGUCGGCUAAUGGGAGUGCGGGUCCGAGUCGUGCCCUCAACUCUAGGAGUCAACAAAAGGCCGAAGAAGUAGAACUCGAUUGAAGAGUAUAUUGUUUUUAAUAAUAAUUAUAUAUAAAAUGAAAGCUUUUAUUACAAUUAUGGUGUAAAAGCACUCAUUU